CCCAUUUUGACUGCAAUGUUGUGCGCAGGCUGCUAUGCUUUAUUUUGGCCUACGAAGCAUAUUUAUUUGAAUCUGAUGUCAGGUUCAUAAGCUCGAUCAAGCGUAUCAUCGUUAUCGUCCUCGUCGCAUUUAUUCCAUCGUUGGAGCACGUACUCGGUCAAUUCCUUACGGUAGUUCUGAAGAGGCUCGUAGAGGAGCCCUUCGCCAGAAGGGCACCGUAUCAAAGACUUUGCUCAUUAGGGGAGUCAUGGCGUCGGCCCAACCCCGCAACGAGACCCAGGAAGGGGUUCCAGAGGUUCGGGCGUUUAUCACUUCCUUGAAUCUUUCAGUAGACGAGGAAGCUCAAGUGAUCGAAAUUUUGGAGAAUUCCCCAGAAGUGGCAUCGGUGUUCGCCAAUGAGAGUAAGAAAGCGAGAAGUCUUCCGGUGCUGGUAUACGUAAGCUGCAAGGUAGCACGAGUAGCUUUUGGCACAGGAGUGUUGCUAGAGAAGCCACUGAUCGAAAAAGCAGUGGCUGAGAGUUGGUCGCAAACGUGUUGGGAAUCACCAGCCUGUGUUAUCCGGCCAGAAACAAGCACACAAGUGUCUCAGGCACUGAAAAUUGUAACUUUCCUGCGGACGCCUUUCGCCAUCCGCAGUGGAGGGCAUUCGCCGAACCCCGGGUGGGCUGGUCUUCAAGACGGCGUCCUGAUAGACCUCACAAAGCUGAACAAACUGAGCAUAAGCAAAGACUAUCAUACAGUCAGUGUUGGGCCUGGGGCUCGCUGGGGGGAGGUAUACCAGUACCUGGACCCGUAUAACGUUACUGUCAUCGGAGGACGGGUCCCUCAGGUCGGAGUGGGUGGACUGAUGCUUGGAGGUGGAAUUUCAUACUUCACUGGAGAAUAUGGACUUGCGAUCGACAACAUCGUGAAUAUCGAAGUUGUCCUUGCGGACGGGUCGAUCGUGAAUGCUAAUCCUCGGGAGCACAGUGACCUUUUUUGGGCGCUGAAGGGUGGAGGGCCUAAUUUUGGCAUCGUGACACGAUAUGACCUUCGCACAGUGCCAAUAAAAGACAUUUGGUACCAGAUGACAGUAUAUGGUCCGGAAAAGGCCCCAGAUCUCCUAGACGCCUUCGCAGCAUGGCAAGGCUCACCAGAUACCAAAGGUUCUGUAGCCAUGAUCGCCACACUGAGCUCCGUCAUCGUUGGACUUGUCUACAUCGAGCCGAUUGAAAGUCCAAAAGUCUUCCAGCCAUUCUACGAUAUCCCACGUUUGGCCACAGCAGUGCCAUCGACCAUUGGCACAGUGCUAGCUUUGAGUCAAAUCUCCGGCGCUAGUGCUUCAGUAUCCGCGAGACAUGACUAUCGCGCCGCUAGUAGUAAAAUUGAUUCGGAGCUCUAUAGAUCCGUCUACGAAGUCUGGAAAAAUGAAGCUGCUACUACGAAUGAGACCACUGGCGCAAACAUGACAUUCGUACUCCAGCACAUUCCUAAAAAUGUCAUUGAUAAAGGGCACCAGAAUGGGGGAAAUUCUCUCGGUCUAGAGCCUAUAGCGCAGCAAUGGUGGACAACCUUGACUGAUUGGGAUAAUCCGACCCACGACGAUAUUGUCAGAGGCGCAGCAAUAGCUAUUACGCAAAAAUGGGAGGAGUUGGGUAAAGCUCGAGGUUCCCAUCUCCCUUUCCUAUACAUGAACGACGCGUCGCGGGACCAGAACCCGCUAAACACUUACACAUCUGCAAGUCUUCAGAGGCUGAAUGCCGUCGCGAAGAAGUACGAUCCGCAUCGUGUCUUCCAAACGUUACAAAAUGAUGGCUUUUUGUUGUCCAAAGCCAGCAGCGGGAAUUGAUACGACAUGGUAGAUCAGUGGACCCUACAUAGUUCAUCUGUUAUAAUGCUCUUUUUGUGGGCCUAGUUCGACCGCUUAUAGUCAUCCAAUUUUUUUUCCAUUAAGAGCAGGGUUUCUACCUGUUCAAGUAUGUUAUUGAAGCAAGUGAUUGUAUUGUUGAUUGCUAUUUCAGACAGAGGUGGAGUACCUCAUAUAUAUGCG